UAUGUAGGGUUAGAUGCCGACAUGUGGAAUAUUAUUAUGAUUUCCUAGUCUUUAUACUCUUAAAUAAUAAUUAAAGCUUUUUAUUCAAUAAAUUCAUAAAGUACUUAUAUUCGUUUGUUAAUUAUAUUAAGGAGUUUAUUGGCGUUAAUCAUGGAAUCGUCAAUACCUAUAUUCACUAGAAGUUCAGGUGGUAUAUCAGCAAUCUUAGGCCCUCCCCAGUUAAACCCCUUUGACAAAUUACCGGAGAUUCAAAGCAAGUCCUGCAGAACCUUAUUGUUUAGCCCAGACGGGUCUUAUUUGGCAUACGUUAAUGGGGCAACAAUAACUUUGAUAAAAACCGAUAACUCGGACACAAUCGCGACCAUUGAGAACACGAAAGCUUAUCACCUAGCGUUUUCACCUAAAAGCUCAUUUCUGAUGAGUUGGGAACCGUUUACUGUGAGUAACGCGAAUCCUCAGGGUAGUCCGAACCUUAAGAUCUAUAAAACCGAUGGUGGGGAACUGGUUAAAAGUUUUAUUCAAAAGAAGCAAGUGAACUGGGAGCCCCAGUGGAGCAACGACGAAAAACUAUUCACCAGACUCGUAAACACCGAUGUGGUCUUUUAUGAGGAUUUGAAUUUUGAGAGAAUCGUCACCAGGAUCACCGGACAUAAAGUGGCCUCUUACAAACUGUCCCCCAAUGUUGGCACUUACUUUAUUCUAUGUCACACCUUGGGCUCUCCAGGUCAACCGUCAUUCGGAAGGUUGUUUAAAUACCCGAAUUUUGAGAACGCUUUGGCCAACAAGAGUUUUUUUCAAGCGGAUAAAGUGGAGUUUUUAUGGAAUUCUAAGGGGAACAAUGCCCUCUUGCUUACCUCAACGGAAGUGGAUAAAACCGGAGGUUCUUACUAUGGCAAACAGGGUUUACAUUUUAUAGGAUUGAAUGGUCAGACCGCGAUGGUCACAUUGAGUAAGGAAGGGCCCAUUUACAGUGUCCAGUGGUCUCCGAAAAACCAAGAGUUUUGCGUCAUUUACGGUUUCAUGCCCGCCAAAACGACCAUAUUUAACCUUAAAUGCGAACCAUGCUUCGAACUGGGCACUGGCGCCAGGAACUCGCUUUACUACAAUCCGCACGGGAAUUUACUGCUGGUCGGAGGUUUUGGAAACCUUCGAGGUCAAAUUGAAGUGUGGGACGCGAUCGGUAAGAAGAAAAUAGGUUGUUGUGAAGCGGCCGAUUCGACUCUUUUGCAGUGGGCGGCUAACGGCGAACAUUUCUUAACCGCCACCACCGCCCCCAGAUUGAGGAUCGCCAACGGAUUUAAGAUCUGGCACUAUACCGGGUCUUUGCUCUACGAACACCCCUGGCCACAAGGCGAAGAGCUCUACGAUGUAACGUGGAAGCCAUAUCCGAAACAAGCCUUUAAAGAGCCCCAAAUAUCGGACAAAAAAGUGGAUGGAAUCGCUUCAAGUCAACCGCAAGCGUCUAAAGAAGUCUAUCGUCCACCCUCCGCGAGAAACCGCCCUACUGUCAACUUCAAGUUGCACAACGAGGACGAGGAUGCGCACAACGUCGGUUCGCACGUGGGGCCAUCGAAGGCGGCUCUGGAAAAUAAGAAAAAGAGGGAGGCCAAGAAAGUGAAACAGAGCGAAUCGACAGAGGACAAACCGGUGGUCACCAGUGGCGUCCUCAUUAAUCUUACCGGCGACCCCGAGCUGGAUAAGAAGCUUAAAAAUAUUAAAAAGAAAUUGGACGCAAUCGAGAAGUUGAAAAUUGAUCAGGCGGCAGGGAAGGUUCUGGAAGCGAAUCAACUCACUAAGAUCGAAGGGGAACGAGCUCUGCUAGAAGAACUCGACAGAUUAAAGAUGUAAAUUUAUAACGUUGAAAAUAAAUUAUUUAAUUUCUAAUAAA